AUGCCGGAUGAAUUUGAUGUCAGGGAUGAUCGCGAGGAGGCUCAUGAAGAAGGAGCCGAUGACGAGGAGGAGAUUGCCGCAAUGAAGAGGAGAGUGGCCGAGAUGGAGUCCGAAGCUGCCAAACUACGCGAGAUGCAAAGCCAACUCGAUCAACAAUCAGAGAGUCUACAAAGAGAAGACCGAGAAGAUGUCGAUGCACGAAGUAUCUUCGUGGGCAAUGUGGACUACGGUGCUACACCAGAAGAGAUCCAAGCACAUUUCCAGAGCGCUGGCUCUAUUAACCGCGUCACAAUACUGUUGGACAAAUUCACUGGUCAUCCGAAGGGGUAUGCAUACGUGGAGUUCACCGAGCCUAAUCUGGUUGCCCAGGCCCUCGUCCUGAAUGAGAGUCUGUUUCGCGGAAGAAACUUGAAGGUCGUGCCGAAGCGAACGAAUCUGCCCGGACUGACAAGAGGAGGUCGUGGUGGUGGUCGUGGUGCACCUCGAGGUCGUGGAGGAUUUGGGCGGGGUGGUUACGGUCCUCCGAGAGGCGGUUAUCGAGGCGGAUUCCGAGGACGAGGCAGAGGUGGAUAUGCACCAUAUUGA